AUGAAUCUUGACUUGACAGGCAGGCUCACAAGUGCGAGAUCCCCUAUCUUAUUGUGUUGCCGUCUAAAAAAAAACAUUGGCAUAGUCUCCGCCCAGGUACAACCAGGCUCUCCUAACCCUCCUCUUGAGUACCAUGGGUUUCCACGCUCCAAAGCAAUCUCGUCUUUACGUGCAUCGCCCUCCCUUCAGAGAAAACACUAA